GAAGAGACGAGAGAGAAGAUGAGGCCAAGAUGGAGGAGAGAGAUAGGGCGGCAGGCAGAGUGAGAAACUGUCAGAUGGAGACCCAGGGCUACAGUAAAGACACCUCCCUGCCCUCCUCUGCCCCACAGGGGGAGGCUCAGAGGGACAAGCUGCAGAGAUGUGCCUCCCACACUGACCUCCUUCUAGGCACUCCCACAUGGCAGCCAGUCCUCCUUCAGCUCUGCCCACCUUCCCUCCUGCUGCUGGCCAAGCCCAUUAAGCUACCGCCCUGGCCACAACUGAAGGCCCCACGCCCUGGGGAGGAAAGCGCUGAAGAGGCGUCCUUGCUCCCCAGCACCCCAAACCAUCAAUUAGUAUUAACGAGGGAGGAUUCCUCACUGCCUAAAGACCCCCAUCUGGACUCAGGGGGAGCAGAGGCCCCACCCCCGUGACUCAGGCACUUAAAGGGCCUGGAGCCAGCCUGGGAGCCCACAAAGGGUCCGGAUGGCGUGUGGCAGCAGGAGAAUCACCAUCCAGCUGGUGAACGAGGAGGCAGAGCCCGGAACCAAGGGCCCAAAGCCUUUUCGGGGCCAGAGCUACAGAGCAAUCCAAGCAGCCUGCCUGGAUGAGGGCAUCCUGUUCCGAGAUCCCUACUUCCCUGCUGGCCCUGAUGCCCUUGGCUAUGACCAGCUGGGGCCGGACUCCGAGAAGGCCAAAGGGGUGGAAUGGAAGAGGCCCCAUGAGUUCUGUGCUGAACCCCAGUUCAUCUGUGAGGACAUGAGCCGAACAGAUGUGUGUCAGGGGAGCCUGGGUAACUGCUGGUUUCUCGCGGCCGCUGCCUCCCUCACCCUGUACCCCCGGCUCCUGUGCCGGGUGGUCCCCCCGGGUCAGGGUUUCCAAGAUGGCUACGCAGGUGUCUUCCACUUCCAGCUCUGGCAGUUUGGACACUGGGUGGACGUCGUGGUGGACGACAGGCUGCCUGUGCGUGAGGGGAAGCUGGUGUUCGUGCGCUCGGCUCAGCGGAACGAGUUCUGGGCCCCGCUUCUGGAAAAGGCCUAUGCUAAGCUCCACGGCUCCUACGAGGUGAUGCGAGGCGGCCACAUGAAUGAGGCUUUCGUGGACUUCACAGGCGGCGUGGGCGAGGUGCUCUACCUGAGGCAAAACGCCUCUGGCCUCUUCGCCGCCCUGCGCCACGCCCUGGCCAAGGAGUCCCUCGUGGGUGCCACAGCCCUGAGCGAUCGGGGCGAGUACCGUACGGGAGACGGGCUGGUGAAAGGACACGCAUAUUCUGUCACAGGCACACACAAGGUGUCACUGGGCUUCACUAAGCUGCGGCUGCUGCGGCUGCGGAACCCGUGGGGCCGCGUGGAGUGGACCGGAGCCUGGAGCGACAGCUGCCCGCGCUGGGACGAGCUCCCCACAGAGUGGCGAGAUGCCUUGUUGGUGAGAAAGGAAGACGGCGAGUUCUGGAUGGAGCUGCAGGACUUCCUCUGCCACUUCGACACCGUCCAGAUCUGUUCACUGAGCCCGGAGGUGCUGGGCCCCAGCCCGGCUGGAGGCGGCUGGCACAUCCACACCUUCCAAGGCCGCUGGGUGCGUGGCUUCAGCUCUGGCGGGAGCCAGCCCGGUGCCGAAACCUUCUGGACCAACCCCCAGUUCCGGCUGACGCUGCUGGAGCCUGAUGAGGAGGAUGAAGAUGAGGAGGGGCCCUGGGGGGGCUGGGGGGCCACGGGGUCACGGGGCCCCACGCAGGGGGGCCGCAAUCCCAAGUGCACUGUUCUCCUGUCACUCAUCCAGCGCAACCGGCGGCACCUGAGGGCCCAGGGCCUCAUGUACCUCACCGUGGGCUUCCACGUGUUCCAGAUCCCGGAGGAGUUGCUGGGCCUGUGGGACUCCCCGCGCAGCCGCGCGCUCCUGCCGAGCCUGCUGCGCGCUGACCGCUCGCCCUUCUGCGCCCGCCGCGACGUAAGCCGCCGCUGCCGGCUGCGCCCCGGCCACUACCUGGUGGUGCCCAGCACCGCCCGUGCCGGCGACGAGGCCGACUUCACGCUGCGUGUCUUCUCAGAGCGCCGCCACACCGCCAUGGAGAUUGAUGACGUGAUCAGCGCGGACCUUCAUGCCCUCAUGGUCCCCUACAUUCCCCUGGAGCUGGGAUUGGAGCAGCUGUUCCAGGAGCUGGCAGGAGAGGAGGAAGAACUCCGUGCGCCUCAACUCCAGACCUUGCUAAGCAUUGCCUUGGAGCCUGCCAGGGCCCAUGCCUGGACCCCUAGAGAGAUCGGGCUCAGGACCUGUGAGCAGCUGCUGCGGUGCUUUGGGCAUGGGCGAAGCCUGGCCCUGUACCACUUCCAGCAGCUCUGGGGCCACCUCCUGGAGUGGCAGGCCACAUUUGACAAAUUCGACGAGGAUGCCUCUGGAACCAUGAACUCCUACGAGCUGAGGCUGGCCUUGAACGCAGCAGGCUUCCACCUGAACAACCAGCUGACGCAGGCCCUCACGAGCCGCUACCGGGACAGCCGUCUGCGUGUGGACUUUGAGCGCUUUGUGUCCUGUAUGGCCCAGCUUCUCUGCCUCUUCCGUGAGUACCAUCACUGGCCCAGGCGGGACAGAGGGCCGACGUCACCACAGCAGGGGGACCAGGGAGGUGGGCGCUCACCCCACCCUUCUCUGCCCAGGCCACUGCAGCCAGCACCUGGACGGGGGCGAGGGAGUCAUCUGCCUGACCCACAGACAGUGGAUGGAGGUGGCCACCUUCUCCUAGCAUCUCAGCACGGAGCACCUGCAGCUGGAGGCAGGAGAGCUGCUGGGAGCCCUGUCCUUCCCGCCUCCCAGCCUGGGCCAGGAUUUAUGCCACAGGGAGGGGCUGAGGCUUCAGCAUCAAGCAGUGGGUCAGAGCCUGGCCGUAGGCGCCAGCCUGCCUGGAGUUGAUUUCUGGCCCCACCACGCACCCGCUGGGUGACACUGAGCAGGGCACUGUGCCUCUGGGUUUCGCUCUCCUCACCUGUAAGCGGGCAUGGUAACAGCACGUUUCUUGGGCGGGCCAUAUACCCUUGGCGGGUUCCCAAUAGCUUGCUCACUUUCACACACUCGUGGGAAUGGGCAUCAUGGCUCCCCCACGCCCCCACCUCCCUCCGGGUACAGGUGCUCUAUUGUCACUCUCCUAAGUGGAGAAAGAGGAGGAGAAAAGAGGAGACUCGAGGAAUCCUUAAAAAUAUUACAUGUUUUAUUAUCCUGUCCCCAGAAGGGUGGUUUAUCCAGAAACCAAGAAAAAAAAAAAAAAAAAUA